UGUCAGAUAUUUCAUGUUGAUGUGUGUACCAUGCCCAGCUGCUGAAGUAGAUGUGAACAUGUUCUUUGCACUCUAGAUCCGUUCCUUUUCUUUUCCACCCCGUUCAACGUGAUGAACAUCAACGAUGCGACUGAUCUCCCUCACUGGUUCCCCUCCUGUUUUCUUUAGGAGUACUAUUCUUUUCGGGUUUUUGCAGGUUAUCCUUAUUGUUUGAGAGGAUCACGAUCAAUCUUUUUUUCUCCCUAAUUAUUUUCUCAUUGCAUUGCAGUCAUGCCUGGACUACCGGCGAGCAUCGACUUAGAUGAAUGCAUCGAAAGACUGUAUAAAAAGGAAUUGCUCGCCGACUCCGUAGUCGAGGCAAUAUGCGCCAAAGCGAAAGAGCUAUUAAUGCGGGAGAGCAAUGUGGUGCACAUCGCUGCUCCGGUCACCGUGGUCGGUGACAUCCAUGGUCAGUUCUACGACCUGAUUGAGAUUUUCAAGAUUGGCGGCUUCUGUCCUAAUACCAAUUACCUAUUUCUCGGAGACUACGUCGACCGCGGCCUCUUCAGCGUCGAAACAAUCUCCCUCCUCGUCUGCCUCAAACUGCGCUAUCCCCAGCGCGUCCAUCUUAUCCGCGGCAACCAUGAAUCCCGCGGCGUCACCCAAUCAUAUGGCUUCUAUACCGAAUGUGCCCGCAAGUACGGCAAUGCCAACGUCUGGCACUACUUCACCGACAUGUUCGACUUCCUUACUCUCAGCGUAGUGAUCAACGACCAGAUCUUCUGCGUGCAUGGCGGCCUCUCCCCGUCCAUCCACUCCAUAGAUCAGAUCAAAAUCAUCGAUCGGUUUCGAGAGAUCCCUCAUGAAGGACCCAUGGCAGAUCUCGUCUGGUCCGACCCGGAUACGGAACGCGAUGAGUUCUCUUUAUCCCCGCGUGGUGCGGGAUACACCUUCGGUGCGCAGGUGGUGAAGAAAUUUCUUGAGAUCAAUAAUAUGUCCCACAUAUUACGAGCGCAUCAGCUAUGUCAGGAGGGAUACCAGAUCCUCUAUGAUGACCGGCUGAGCACCGUCUGGAGCGCCCCAAAUUACUGUUACCGGUGCGGGAACUUGGCCAGCGUCUUGGAAGUCAGCGACACGGGCGAGCGUUAUUUUAACAUCUUCGAUGCGGCGCCGGAAAACAACGACAUUCAUCGUGGCGACCAACACGCUCAGCAGGGAAAGAAUGGCCAGAGCCCUGUAAUUGAAUACUUUUUAUGAUACCCUUGAUUCUUGUUAUGUGUGCAAAGAUACCUAUGAGCAUGAACAGGUUUUCUCUUUUUUUUUUUUUUUUUUUUUUUUUUUUUUUUAAUUCUCUUCCCGUUUCCUUCCUUUUGGUUAUCGGAUAGAUCCCUUCGUCUCUGGUAACAAAAAGCAAACACGAUAUUUCUGAUGGUAGACGGGAGCAUACACCAGUUGUCUGUAAAAGACCGGUUUCAAGAAUGAGGAUCGAUGCAGAUGGAGCUUUGGAUUUAAAUGAAAGAACAAAAGAAUAUCAGGGUAUGGCAAAGGAUCCCAAUGUUCGGAGAAACAAAGAGGACGCGUGUUCGCUAUGAUAUUUCAACUGAAUGAACGCCAAAUUGCUACUCGACGAAAAAUUACCAAUCCUUGGCGAAAUCGAAAGACCAUUCGAACUGCAAAUGGGUGGUGUCGUCGUCAUCCACGAAUCUAGAAAGGGCGGUAUAAUGACCCCGAGCAAGCAUGCCCGACGGUGCUUGUUCCUCGUUGACUGCGAGUAUCGGUUAAAACCGAGUAUUUAAACGAACACUGCUUCAGGGACUUACACUUCUUCUCAUAGACCGGCUUGUCUGUGGUGUUUGGAGCGUAACUCCCCUGGGGUAUAUCGUCAGAUACACUUUUAACCUAGACGCAUUUUCGACGGCAAAAAAAAGGGAAAAAAAAA